AUGCUGCGCCUAGUGGUAUCCUCAACGAUGAUGCAAGAGGUACUGCAGAACUGUCACGACUCAAGGAAGCCUUCAAGGGAUCGCUCGGACUUUCUACAGAGUGAAGUUGGACUAAUAUUGGAUCGGUCUGUGCGCGGACGUAGCGAGGCACGUGCGGUCCUGUCCCGAUUCUCAAGCAAAAGUCGACCAAAGAUCCGUGGAUACUCUCCGGGGAACAUACUAGCGGAACGACCGUUUCAGGUUGUUGCGAUGGAUUUUGUAAUACCCAUACCGAAGUCUCGGCGGGGUAACACAGCGCUCUUACUGUUCCAAUGCGCAUUCACAGGGUAUGUGAUGGGCAAAGCUAUGGCAGACACGACUGCUCUGAGAGUAGCCCAAGCUUUUGAAGAAUGCGUGUACCGGAGAUUCGGUGCACCUUCUCUCAUCAGACACGACAGGGACCCUCGAUUCAUGAGCGAG